CAUCACCACAUCUUUAUUAUAAAUAGUCAUCAUGUACACUUUUCUUUUCUUUCUUUUUUUAGUUUGAGCGUGGGUGGGCGAGGGGCGGCGGGUUGCAUAUUUCAUUUUUUUUGACACUAUAAAUGGAACUCCAAUACCUCUUUUGUCAGUUCAGGUAACUCGUUUUAGUUGUGGUGGAUUUGUUGUUGGAUUCAGAGUUAACCACACUGUGAUGGAUGCUUAUGGAUUCAAAAUGUUUCUAAAUGCAUUAAGUGAAUUAAUUCAAGGAGCUUCUGCACCUUCCAUACUACCUGUAUGGCAAAGGGAUCUUCUAAGUGCAAGAUCAUCCCCAUGCAUUACAUGUACUCACCAUGAGUUUGAUGAGAUAACUGAAUCAAGAACUGCAUGGGAAUCUAUGGAAGACAAGUUGAUACAACGAUCAUUUUUCUUUGGAAAUAAGGAGAUGAAAGCUAUUAAAAAUCAUGUUUCUUCAAAUUGUAAAAGUACAAAAUAUGAGUUGUUAGUGGCAUUUUUAUGGAAAUGUCGUACGAUUGCUCUCAACUUGCACCCUCAAGAAAUUGUUCGUCUGACAUAUUUUGUUAGCAUACGUGGAAAAUCAGUUAAAUAUGAAUUGCGACCUGGAUAUUAUGGAAAUGCAUUCAUCACUCCAGCUGCAGUAUCAAAAGCAAGAUUGUUAUGUUCAAAUCCACUAUCAUAUGCAGUUGAACUAGUCAAGAAACUUAAAGAUCAUUUGACUGAAGAAUACAUUAAAUCAGUGAUAGACUUCAUGAUUAUUAAAGGGAGACCAGAGUUGUCAAAGUCUUGGAAUUUUAUUGUUUCAGAUAAUAGAUCUGUUGGAUUUGAUGAAUAUGAUUUUGGAUGGGGAAAGCCCAUCUUUGGAGGGGCUUCAGCUUCUUUCAUUAGUAUUGGUAUUCCUUUUAAUAAUGAAGAGGGAGAAAAGGGUAUUUUAGUAGCUAUAAGUUUGCCUCCAAUGGCCAUGAAAAAUUUUCAAAAGGUUGUAUUCGAGAUGACUUUAAAUAAUGUUGAAGAAGUUGACAUAAUUUCACGGAUGUAAGAGUUUUGUUUUUGUCUUUCUACCCCAUCAAUACAUGUUUUGGGAGUGAUUAAAUCAAAAUUAUGAAGCUUAAUAUUUCAUCCA